GGAAUUGAAGUUUUCAAGAUGGAAGCUAAGGCACUGCAUAACUUCGAACCGACGCACCCGGAUGAACUGGGUUUCGAGAAAGGUGACACUCUUCUUAUAGUGGAUAAACCAUCUGAAGAUGAGUGGUGGAAAGCUGUGCCAUACAAUAAUCCAUCAGAAAGAACCAAAUUCGUCCCAAUGAAUUAUAUUCAAAUGACACCACACAAGUGGUAUAAAGGGAAAAUUUCAAGAAAGAAAGCAGAAGAAAUACUGUUGAAAGAUCAUUAUCCUGAUGGAAAUUUUCUUUUAAGGGACAGUGAAAGUUCACCCGGAGAUUUUUCUCUGUCCAUCAGAUUUAACAAGGACGUACAGCACUUCAAAAUCUUACGUGACGGAUCUGGCAAGUUCUUUUUAUGGGUUGUUAAGUUUCCCUCCAUCACCAAGCUUAUAGAUUACCACAAACAGGCAUCCGUCAGUCGCACAGAAACCAUCAUUUUGAAAGAAGUACAAGACGACAAUGUUCCAGCUCAAACAACUCAAAAGGUGACCUGUAUGUACGACUUCAAACCAGUGGACGAUGAUGAGUUACCGUUUUCUAAGGGUGAUCAGAUUGAGGUGGUCGAGAAAGACAUUGUGGAUUCUUGGUGGAAAGGGAAAAACUUGAGCACAGGAAAAAUAGGACUUUUCCCCAUCAAUUAUGUCAAGAAGUAAAAACGAAGGAGUGUGAUUUUAAAUGUUUGUUUUAAGUGUAAUCAUUCUUGAAAACAAGAAAAUAUUUACUUUGCUUGAAAUGUCUUCAUCAAGUACAAAGGUACGGUAUCUGGUUGAUUCUGAUCCUUGACUCUAAGGUAAUUUGUAAGAGCAUAUUGUGAUGAAAUGUAAGCAAUCUGGUAGUACUUAAGUUGUGUGAGCUGAGUAAACAAUAACACAGGUAAACACUGUCUGUGAUAAUAUAUCAGCCUGUAUGUCACCGCUCGGAGUGUUGUUAUGUGAUAUUGAUCUGUAUGUCACAGCUCCAGUGUGUUGGCUCCAGUGUGUUGCUAUGUGAUAAUGUAUCAUCCUGUAUGUCACAACUCCAGCAUGUUGCUAUGUGAUAAUGUAUGGGCCUGUAUGUCACAGCUCCAGUGUGUUGCUAUGUGAUAAUGUAUUGGCCUGUAUAACACAGCUCCAGUAUGUUGCUAUGUGAUUAUGUAUCGGCCUGUAUGUCACAGCUCCAGUGUGUUGCUAUAAAAACGGUUUCAUUGUCACACUAGUGAAUUACAGGUAAUAGGUUAAAGAAAGAACUUAGGAUUGUAAAGUGUGUAUAUGCACCUGGACAUGUCCAUGUGAUUUGAGUUCAAAAUCUGAUUUUGGUAUUCAAAGCAGAAACAUUUAUAAAUCACUCUGCCUAAAUAGAAAAUUACUGUUAAACUUGUUACUGUGCUACCAUUUUCCACUGACACUGGACUAUAAAGAAGUUGGCAGUAUAUAAAUGAAGCCCGAUGAAGAAAUUGAUACAGAAAAGGGACCUUGUAAUACAAGUUAAAGGGGACCAUUAUAACAAGGAUUUACGGUACAGGGUUUAAACAUAUUAAUCGUGAUGAUUUCUAUAAAAUAGUUAAUGAAAUGUUUGCUGUUUGUGAAACUUUCAACUGUGAUACCAUCCUGACCACCCUUUGUAAAAGAUGUAUCAAUACACUCUUACUUUAUACAAAACUUAUUGGAGGUUUAACAAUUUGUAUAUGUUGCAAGAGUGGUAAUAGUGAGUUUUAUUUCAUUUGGAGGUACAUGUAUUAGUUAUUUAUGUCAUAACAAGUUUAGAUAGACAGUUUCUAAAUUAGUCAGUACUCCAGAAAAUUAGACACAAGAGUAGAUAAAUUAGGCUGUUCCUGAAAUUUAGAUGCAAAAGUCCUUUUUUAUGUCAUUUGUGCAUCCAGUACAAUUGUUAUAAUGAAACCUGUUAUUUUUCCAGGGUGACAUAUUUUAGACAUGUCUUAUUUUAUUUACAAUAUGGCCCUGCAUUUAUACAUAUGUACAACAUGCUAAGAAUACAAACAUAAAAGUCAUACAUUAAAUAUCACAGACUAUACAAGUGAGUCUUAAAAGCCUUGCACUCCAAAAACCAAAAGUAACAUUUGAGAAGUGAUUGAAAUAUACUUGAUCCCAAAAGUUUUGUUAGCAUGUGGGUUGUUUAUGGCGUCACACAAUAACUAUAACCGAACUAGAUUACCAGGUCUAGGACUAGAACCACUAGUGUCCACGUACCUUCAGCUAUAGUCGAGCUGUGAGAAAUAUUUAUACAUAAACAGUUCACAUUAUAAAUACUGUUUGAAACAUCAAGUCAUAAUAUUUUUUCUAUAUUUAAUGGUUUCUAUAAAAGUUGAAUAUAGAAGGUGUAAGAUAUAUUUGUUAUGUUUGAUAAAGAUUAUAUAUCCUAAACCUUAUAUGUAUAUAAAUGUUCAUUGUAUUCGUGAAGUCUUCGUUCGUAGAUGCUGAAGCUUCUACAGCCGUCAUGCACUGCUUUCCUCUUCUACCAGCUGUUAGACAUUGACAACUCUCUUCAUCAAUACGCUUACACCAGGGUGUAUUCACUCACUUCUCCCACCUGUUAGACAUUGACAACUCUCUUCAUCAAAAUGCUUACACCAGGGUCUAUUCACUCCCUUAUACCAGCUGUUAGACAUUGACAACUCUAUUCAUCAAUACGCUUACACCAGGGAGUAUUCACUCACUUCUACCACCUGUUAGUCAUUGACAACUCUCUUCAUCAAAAUGCUUACACCAGGGUGUAUUCACUCCCUUAUACCAGCUGUUAGACAUUGACAACUCUAUUCAUCAAUACGCUUACACCAGGGUGUAUUCACUCACUUCUACCACCUGUUAGACAUUGACAACUCUCUUCAUCAAAAUGCUUACACCAGGGUGUAUUCACUCACUUAUACCAGCUGUUAGACAUUGACAACUCUCUUCAUCAAUACGCUUACACCAGGGUGUAUUCACUCGUUUGUUUGUGUUGUAUUAUAUAAGUACACUUUUUUAAUAGGGUCAAAAUAUGUAAUUAUAUUGUAUUAAUUUUCAUCAAUUUAUUUUUGACAUUUUAAUUUUUGCUUUAUAUAGAUAAUCAGGUUUCAUUCACAGAGGAACAUUUGGAAGAUCAAUAUGCAGCGCUUUUAGAGAUCGGUGUAUUUAUCAUGCCUCAUACAGCUGUUAUAGCUGUCUCUGUUCAAUACCAAAACUUGUUAUAAUCCCACACCCUAUAAUACCAGUACCUAGCAAUGGAUGAAUCUCUGUGUCAAAUAUUAUACCAGUUAGAAUUACAGAAUAGCAGUGAUGCUAAUCUGCAAUGUCAUUACCCAAACCAUAUAGUAAAGUUUUUAAAAAAUUUAAGAAUUUUUCAAAAAUAGGUCUUAUUCAUAAAAAAAGCAUUGUUUUCUUGAAUUAACAUUGAUCAUCAGUGUUACCACUAACCCACAAAGAAACGCGAGCUGUAUGAUGUAGCUGUACUACAAACUACAUUGUAAUUUGUAGGUUAGACUUCACUACAUUAUAGGUUAGGCUUCCUGUGAGAUAUGGGUACCAAUAAUAUAGUGUUAGUAUACAGAUGUAUACCUACAUAGAGGUUUACCUACAGAAUACAAGUGUCCAAUGAUAAUGAAUCGAUGGUAAUAUACUGAUAAAGGAUUUUUCCAUACACUUUGUUAAUCUGUUCCCGAGGUGGUUCUUUUCCCCGGCAGUUUGCCAUAUUUUUGUAAGAUAAUAUAUGUUUUUUCCACUGGCUACCUGACACAUAAAAACCAUAUGUAAGUAAAUGCACUGUAUGUUUCUGUAAUAUAAUGUAACAUUGGUGUGGUUUCAGUUUAGAUACUUCAGUAAUAUUACCUAUUGUAGUGGGGAAUUCGUGUAUUAUUAUGUAGUAAACCUCAAUGAGGUAUUAAUAUUAUCUAUUGUAGAAAUUAUAAUAUUGUUAUCAGGUAAAUGUCUAUGGGAAAGUUAGUUAACAUCAUAUGACUAAAUAUUUUCAUUCUCUUAUAUUUUGUUUUUAGGUUGAGGUUCUGAACAGGACAUUUUGUCUGUUAUGGUAUCAAAUAACUUCUCUUCAAGAAUUGUAUGACAGAUUUAACUAAAUGUUACAUUUAAUAUGAGAGGUAUGAUCAGGGAUGUGACGUAUCACUGAAAAAUAUAUCCUACACUAAGGAAAGUCAAUUGAUCACUAGGAGAGCAUGUCACCCCUUGAAAAACAUUUUAGCGGUAGGGGCUUCUCUGUUCCCCAAGAACUACGUACACAGAUAUUUGGGCUGUUCCAAAAAUCGUCCUGUCUUUCAGAAAUGCUGGUACAAAAACAAUUGAAGGGAUGUAAAUUUGGUCUUCACUGGUCGAAAUACAAAAAACAUACACCAUUUAUUGACUUUGUCAUGUUAGCUUAGCUGCUUCUGCUUUUUUUGUUAAGAAUUAAAAUCAAUUAAUAUUAGAUAUGUUUAGCUGACCUUGUACAAAGUACUGUUAUGUGCUGAUGUGGUGCUUUGUCUGUCGUCGGUCAACUUUUGCUUUAAAUAACUUUUUCCUCCUAAACUAAAAGCAAAAUUCAACCAAAGUUUGAUGGCAGCAUCCUUACCCCAUGGGGAUAAAAAAUAUCUAAAAACAAUAGGGUUGACCUUCCUUUGGGCUGAAGGAUGGGUCAAAUUAGUUCUUUUACUUUUAUAAAGCCAAUGAAGAUCAAAUUUUAUACAAAUGGAGGGACUGACCCUCCCAAGGAACAGAGUUAAAUUUGCUGUUCUGAUUUGAUUUCAACGCCCUCUUCACAAAAAUUACAUGACAGCUUUCCAUCAAAUUGUGAAGAUAGCAUUGUAAGCCCACUGGGAUGCUUAACCUACAUUCUAAGCCCACUGGGAUGCUUAACCUACAUUCUAAGCCCACUGGGAUACUUAACCUACAUUCUAAGCCCACUGGGAUGCUUAACCUACAUUCUAAGCCCACUGGGAUGUUUAACCUACAUUCUUAGCCCACUGGAAUGCUUAACCUACAUUCUAAGCCCACUGGAAUGCUUAACCUACAUUCUAAGCCCACUGGGAUGCUUAACCUACAUUCGAAGCCCACUUGGAUGCUUAACCUACAUUCUAAGCCCACUGGGAUGCUUAACCUACAUUCUAAGCCCACUGGGAUGCUUAACCUACAUUCUAAGCCCACUGGGAUGCUUAAUCUACAUUCGAAGCCCACUAGGAUGCUUAACCUACACAAUAAUGGGGUGUACGGGACCAGUUCAAAAGUGUGUCUGUCUUAGCAGAACAACAUCUGUUUCUGUUUUAAAAAGACUUGGCAGUUUGCAAGUUUGGCAGUAAAUCCUGGGUAUAAAAAUAUUGCACAAAUAAAAAUGAUAACAUUCUUUGGGGAAUGUGGAGGGAGGGGCACCUAUGAAAAGGGUAAAAGGGGACCAAGUUUGGUGAUUUGCUUCAAACAAUUUUUCAUAAACUACUUGGCAGGUUCCAAAUAUAUUUAUGUACAAAUAAGGUGACUAACAUACUUAGGGCUACCCUCCCAAAUCCAAAAAAGCCAGGUGAGUGAACCAAGACCAUUGGGUCUCUUGUUCCAUACCAAAUGCUUGUUUUCAUCAACACUGGACCAUGACAAUAAUUUUUUAAAUGAAAAAGUCUUACUUGCAUCUGUUACAAACACAUGUUACACAUUUAGCCACCCGAUAUAACUGGGUGUCGUUUGACCCCAUACUACGCCAUAAAGUUUCUGUUAGACAAUCAGAACCUAUGUUCAAAUACCCUUGAUAUGAAACAUUUUAUUUAAAAGUUGAAACAAAUCGACAGAUUGCUUUGUUUGAGAUGGGUAUGUGCCCAUGAUGGUAUAAUCAGUUAUAUGUAAUAUGUUUGCGUGGAUGGUUAUGCAUCACGACUACAUGAUCACCAGUGUAUAUGCCAGUAUAGGUUUUAAACGCUUUUCAAUAAUCAUCAUGAUUAUCAUUGAUAGAAUUAUGUCGGCAAACUGUCGUAACCAUGGUUUUCUUUAGAACAUUUUCAUUAAUCUGUUGAGAAAGUGUCAAAUUUGUUCUUACUGUUUAUGAUAUAAACUAAGUAUCAAGUUAUUUUGUCAGAAGGAAGAUAGAAUCAGAAAGUGAGAAUAUUAUGUAUUUAACAAUAGACCUGUGUAUCUCCUGUUUGAACUAUUGCAUUUGUAUUAGUUCUCAAGGAAAAAGUUCUGUGCGGACAAUUUAACAUGAAACUUGUUUAUUAGUGAGAUUACCGUAUCCUUUCCAUUAUUGACAUGUAGUCUGCCUUGCCCCUGAUGAUGAACUGGUAGAUGAGAGCUGUUGGGCUAAAUAUGGCAAUGAAAGCAUUAAUUAGUCAUGAGUAUGCACAUGCAUUGUAAACUGCUUUCAAAAGACAAAGUAUGCUUAUUUUUGUAAUUGGUUUUUAUUGACCUAUGACUACAUGUAUGGUAUAUAUAUCUGUCAGGAUUUAUUGACCUAUGACUUCAUGUAUGGGUAUAUAUAUCUGUCUGAAUUUAUUGACCUAUGACUAUAUGUAUGGUAUAUAUAUCUGUCAGGAUUUAUUGCAUUGUUGUAACAAAAGAUAUGUCAUCAAUUCUACGUUUCGCAGAAAUAAAUUUGUAUGCUAUUA